GCUUAUCUGAUGUCAACACUGUUUCUGCUAGCUUCCCUCUUACACGCUUGCAGUGCAUCAUCCCCGGACAGGUUCACGUCUGCUCUUGUAGUCAUCCCAUAUGGCGUGCAGUAAAAUGUAUCCCGUGGCUAGAAUGGCCCUAAGCAUCAGGGGCCCUGCCACAGUUGGAAUACGACUCCAAUCAACAGCAGCAGCAGCAGCCCCGAAGGUGAAAGGGGCUGAGGAGCAAAACCAGCAGCACGUGGGUGAUACAACAGGGGAGAGAAUGUGUCAGCUGGGAUCACAAGUGGAUCUCAUUGAAAGAAGUGAGAAUCGGGUGGAUAAGAAGCCCUGUCCUGCUGACUCAAUAAAUUUCGGAAACACCCAGGAAGCUUACAAGAGUAAACCCACAUGGGAACUGAUGAGAAGCCUGGUGGUCUUCUGGCUGUGCUCAAUUGAUCCCCUUGUGGACAGGAAUCAGCAGAUUUUGAAUUUGUCUAAAAAGGUAUUUGGCAAAAGGCUGUUUGAGGCUAUGAUGAAGAUGAGCUUUUAUGGACAGUUUGUCGCUGGCGAGGACCAGGAAACCAUAAAGCCACUUAUCAGACGGAAUAGUGCUUUUGGAGUUGGGUCCGUCUUGGAUUACAGUGUGGAGGAAGAUCUCACUCAAGAGGAGGCUGAGAAGAAGGAAAUUGAGUCUUGUACUGCUGAAGCUGAAAAAGAAAAUGAUGGUUUUGCACGUAGAGAGAAAAAAUAUCAGGUUCAGCCUGGAUUUGGAGAUCGUCGUGGUGGAGUGAUUAGUGCUCGAACAUACUUUUACGCCGAUGAAGCAAAAUGCGACCAUCACAUGGAGACUUUCCUAAAUUGCAUUGAGGCUUCAGGUGGCAGUUCUGAAGAUGGUUUUUCUGCAAUUAAACUCACGGCACUGGGCAGACCUCAGUUUCUGUUGCAAUUUUCAGAAGUGCUGAUAAAAUGGCGCCGUUUCUUCCACCAGCUUGCUGCUGAUCAAGGCAAGUCUGGGCUUGCUGCUGUCGAAAUUGAACUGGAGGUGGAAAAAUUAAUGGAAAGCUUGGCGAAACUAGGAAUUGCUACCAAGGAUGAGAGCCAUAGCUGGUUUACAGGAGAAAACCUUGGGCUCUCAGGGACGGUUGACUUGCUGGACUGGAACAGCCUGAUCGACAGCAGAACAAAGAUCUCUAAACUUCUCCUUGUACCAAAUUUGCAGAGUGGCCAGUUGGAGCCCCUUCUGUCCAGAUUCACAGAGGAAGAAGAUUUACAGAUGAAAAGAAUGCUACAGAGAAUGGAUGUUCUUGGAAAGAAAGCCUUAGAAAAAGGAGUGCGACUGAUGGUGGAUGCAGAACAGACCUACUUCCAACCUGCAAUAAGCCGACUGACAUUGGAGAUGCAGCGCAUAUUUAACAAAGACCGACCUAUUAUCUUCAAUACGUACCAAUGCUACCUAAAGGAAGCCUAUGACAAUGUGACAGCUGAUGUAGAGUUAUCCCGAAGGGAAGACUGGCAUUUUGGUGCUAAACUGGUCAGAGGUGCAUAUAUGCAGCAGGAGAGGAGCCGUGCCGCAGAAGUUGGAUAUGACGACCCAAUAAAUCCUACGUAUGAGAAAACGAACGAAAUGUACCACAGAUGUCUGGAUUAUGUCUUGGAAGAGAUCCGGCACAAUCGUAAAGCAAAUGUAAUGGUGGCCUCUCACAAUGAGGAGACUGUGAAAUUCACUCUCAAGAGGAUGAAUGAGCUAGGUAUUUAUCCUAAUGAGAAAAAGGUGUAUUUUGGGCAAUUGCUGGGGAUGUGCGAUCAGAUCAGCUUCCCACUUGGUCAGGCAGGUUAUCCAGUUUAUAAAUAUGUCCCAUAUGGACCUGUAAAUGAAGUCCUGCCUUACCUGUCCCGGAGGGCACAAGAGAACCGUGGAAUUAUGAAGGGUGCUGCUCGAGAGAGGGAACUCUUGUGGAAGGAGAUAAAAAGGCGUGCUGUUACUGGAAAUCUGUUCUACAGCCCUGAAUUCUAGGGAGACAUACAAUGUUGUCAAAAGUUUAUUCAUUUUUCUUUUUUCUCUUCUUUUUUCCCCCUAAACUUUAUGCCAAACCCACAUUACAAGGGACUAACAUUUUCAGAGGAUUUUACUUCUUGGACAUUGGACAAUAUAAAAUGUCACAUAGGAAAUAUUGCUGUAUAAACCUAUGGAUGGUUUUAUCUUAAUGUUAGUGUUAUUAAUAUAAAAUAAUGCAUAUGAAUUUAGGAAAACAUAGGACCUAUGUAACUUGAUCCCUAUUUGAUAUCUUUAUGCAGAAAAAUAGAACGUAAUGUGUAAGAAUAGUUAUAAAAUAUAUUAAGUGAUUUGUACGCACAAACUGAAGUGUCUUCUGUGAUAUCCAAAUAUACUGUUUUCCUCAUAAUCUUUCCUAUGUAUUCAUCUGUUCAUGAGGGAAAAACAAUACAGUAAUAUUGUCAACGCAACAUAUUUGGGUCCAUGGAACAGUAAUAGAAAUAAAUUUUUACAGUAAUGAUCUUCACUUUUAUACCAGUGUGAGCAGAUCAUUGCUCUACAAUGCGUGAGUGUAUAGCUUCUCAUUGUAUAAGAUGGUUAAAAACUCUGUUUUGUUCCUGUGUUUUCUAUAUUAAUUGGAUAUCAAGGAAGAAUUGACACCAUAGCUUAUCUUUUUAACUUGCAUGAUAGGUGAUUUCAGCAACCUUCCCUAACUGUUUUAUGUAGAUUUGAUGAACGUAUGUCAUUUGGAUUGGUUCCGUGCAUUUGCAUGUUUGGUAGACCAAGCUAUUUUUUUAUUUAUUUUUUUAGGGAAUAUAAAUGUACCUAAUCUUGCUUAAACAGAGAUUGGGUUUAUUCACUGAAUAAUUAAUUGAAAACUGAACGGCUAAAAUAGUCAAUUUUUGACUAAAUCUUUUUUCAAUUUGCCAAAUUUUGGCCAACAAUUCAGAAUUUGAUUAGUUAUAUUGUGAAUAAACUCCUCAUGAAUAGAUUGUACUCUUCAUCAAAUUACCUUGUGUGUUCCUUUAAAAAUGUUUGGUUUUAGCAUGCUAUAGUUGCUCCUUUUCUGCUAUCAAUUGCAUGUCAGGUCAUUUAAAUGCAAUUACACCAUAUUAUUUCAUUCUCUCUUGUGCUUUUAAACCUGUACAGUUCUAGAAAUGCAUUUGACACUUUAUUUGUCACUUUAUUU